AUGAUUGCACAAGCGGCUAUCGGCUUCUCUUUGCUCUUACUCCUGCUUGCCGUCAUUACUGGUGGUUCGAAUCAGAAAUAUCCUAAUGUCCCAACUUUACGAGUGAAAACGAAAGAAGAGGACAUCCAGCUUUAUCUGAAGGAUGUGAUGGAGUUACUACGCGUCGGCUACCAAAAGUACUCAAAACAAGGUCGAAACUAUCUUCUGGACUUGCCUAAAGGCAAGUACUUUGUGGCCUCGCAUCACUAUUUGGACGAAAUCAUGAGGGCUCCGCCAUCUCAUGUCAACGCGCCUGACGCGCAGUCUAUAAUGACACAAACCGCAUAUACCAUCAGUGCCCCGGUCGCCAACGAUCAGUGGCAUAUGAAUGUGCCAGUUCGGAAGAAUCUUAUGUUGGCAUUGACUCCCUCGUUGGAAAUCAUUGUAGCAGAAGCACGUGCUUAUCUGGACGAACAGAUAGGGCAACCAGAGUCAACCAGCGUGCUCGCUUCAGAUUUUGCCUUUGACAUCGUGGUAAGGACUGCAAACCGGGUUCUUUUUGGGAAGCAGCUUGCGCGAGAUCCUCGCUGGAAGCGGGUCUGUGUCGAGUACUCCGAAGUGAUGUUCGCGGGAGCCAACAAGAUCAGAUUUUACCCAAACUUCUUGAAACGCAUAGCGCUUUGGUUCACGAGUGACAUAAGAACGGUCCACAAACUAGCAGAGGAAUGCACCUUCCCAGUCAUUUCUGAGCGACUUGAGAAGGAACAGUCAUUUCGACAACAAGGCCGUGAUGACACCUGGGAACAGACGAAGCCUUCGGACGCCAUUCAGUGGGUCAUCGACGCUGCUCCGCAGUCGGAAAAGACACCUAAUGCGAUCCUGGACCGACUGCUGCAUAUAACCACAGCGACGGUUCACACUACAUCAUUCACCUUCCUGGACAUAUUACAUUGUCUGUCGUUGACGAAAGAAUACACAGAGGAAUUGCGUACUGAGAUUACCGAGGUUUUCCGUGCCGAAGGUGGUUGGUCCAAACAGGGACUGACGCACAUGGCGAAGGUUGAUAGCUACGUGACCGAGGUCACCCGCUGGUGUCCGAUGUCAGGUUUAAAACUGGCUCGCCUAGCGUUGAAAGACUGGACUAUGAAGGAUGGAACUUUGGUACCUAAAGGGACGAUAAUCUUCCUGAACGAAAAAGCCAUUUAUGAUGACGAGGAAAUCUUCGAUUCACCGAAGACCUUCAACCCAUGGCGGAUGUAUCAAAGACGUCAAAAGGAGGGUGAGGCACAAAAGCAUCAGUGGGUGAUGGCGUCCCCGACCCAUCUUCAUUUCGGUUACAGCAAGCACGCAUGCCCGGGACGGUUUUUUGCAUCAAAUGAAAUCAAGGUCCUGAUUGCACUACUCAUAAUGCGUUAUGAUGUCAGCGCUAUAGGCAUUCCAGGAGGACUAGCUCAGGUAGCGCAGGGCUAUUGGGGCGAUAACAACCGAGUGCCCAUAAUGGGCGUUAAGCUGGAGCUCAAAGAUCGAGUUAGCGAUAUUCCCACAGACAUUCGACAACACUUCAUAUGA